GUGAGUGCAGAUAACAGUUCGGUUUCUACUAGAACAGCUGCCACAAUAUCGCGUAAAAAGUCUUAUAAUAAUGUGUUUUAGUGAUUAUUUUAUGCUCUAAUCGUAAUUUAUAUUUCGUGGAUCGAUACUCGAAACGUAGCUGCAGCAGGACAGUACCAAGGAAUUCAAAACAGAGAAUGUUUUUGCAAAUUGAUUGAAUCCACGGUGUUCUAGUCAGGGUUCUAAAGUGAAAAAGUAGCCUUGUGUUUAGUAAACAAACAGCUGUUCAAAGGGCAACGAUCGCAGCAAGAUGCUGUGCUACGAAGGCAAGCUGAGCCUGUACUGCUUUGUUAGUGCCGUUUUCAGCUUAGCUCUGCAAUGGGUUUUCUUCGAGUUGGACGUGUUCGCCGGAGAUGUUGGUUUCUGGGUCAAAGCCGGCUUUCUUGGGGCUUACUAUCUAGUUCUGAAUGUUGCCAUCCGAUUGAAGUUUGUCACCAAAGAUUAUCAGAUUGCUGUGCGAGCAACGUUCUUAGGAGCAGUAUUUUCCCUGGGGGUACUCAUAUUCCAAAACUGCCCAGAAGAGUAUAAAUCAUUCGGAGUUUAUGUCACACUGAUGUCCGUAUUCCAUUAUUCGGAAUAUCUAGGAAUAGCAUUUUGCAAUCCAAAAACUCUUUCGCCGGACUCAUUCAUUCUGAACCACUCACUUCACUAUGCCUUGGCGGCAGCGGCCAGUUGGGUUGAGUAUUUCAUCGAGGUUUAUUUCUUCCCUGACAUGAAAACAUACCGGCUUCUGUGGCUCUUGGGAUUGGUACUCUGCUUCACUGGUGAAGCCCUACGAAAGUUAGCCAUGAUCACAGCGAGUAAAAACUUCAGUCACAUUGUCCAAUUCGAGCGCCACCAAGGACACGAGCUGGUCACCCACGGCGUGUACAGUCUGAUGAGGCAUCCGUCGUACGUGGGCUGGUUCUGGUGGUCCAUCGGGACGCAGGUGGUCCUGGCUAAUCCGGUGUGCUUCAUCAUCUACACCGUUGCCAGCUGGAAGUUCUUCCACGAUCGGAUCUUCAUGGAGGAAAUCACGCUGCUGAACUUCUUCGGUGAAGAUUACUACAAGUACCAGCAGCGAGUGUCGACGGGGCUGCCCUUCAUUCGGGGGUUCAAGGUGGAACUGUGAUGUUUGGAGGGCGAUCAUCCUGACAGAGGUGGCGAUAUUGACGGUUUGGAGUGUAGGGAUGUGUCGCCGCUAGAGAGUGAUCAGUGGGUCAAAAGGAAGGGAAAGCAUGAUAGUACGAGGAUUACGCUGAAAGACAGCGAAGACGAGGACGAGGAUGAUCGCAGAAACAUGACCGGUAGUUUUUACCAUGGACGAAAUCGACACUAUUCCGGCAGCUACGAUAACGUGUACGAAGAAUCGACGGUAGUUUGAAGCGGGUUGUGAGUGAGAGUGCUUUAGGGUUUCCAUUGUUAAACUUCGUUUUCGUUCCUCGCGAUGAGGGGCAUGUAAGGACCGCGGAGGAAGCACAUUUAAUUUUAGGGACAAAUACAGUCAUUAACAGAUAAGAGCUUGAGAAGUUGCAAACUUCCGAUAUAAACAUGUAAUAUUCUGACGAAAAA